AUGCAAGAGUCGAAUCUUUUUGUCGAAUGUAAUUCUGACUGCAAUGCGACAGGCUCCGCCUCCUGGGCUUUCGGAGGUGCUCACGUAAUGGCUUCGGUUUACGGUCCCAAGGAAGCUAGUAUGGCGAAUGAAUUAACACAUCGAGCUUAUAUUGAUGUCUCUGUCCUACCUGCGUCUGGUCUUCACACUCCUUUCGAAAGCGAAAUGGAGUUUUAUCUACAACAGUUUUUGGAGAGGCUAAUUGAUGUUAAGGUCUAUCCAAGAAACCAGUUCAUUGUCCGAAUUCAAAUCAUUUCUGGAGUGUCUGGACAUCCAGCUACCAUGGCAGCUUGCGUUAAUGCCCUCUCUCUGGCCCUUUUGCCAACUUCAAUUCCUCUUCAGGCCUCAGUAGUGGCGGUUUGCAGCUCUGAAAUUGACCCUGACUCGCGACCCGCAAUGGUCGCAGUCGAUAUCGCUCAUCCAGCCGUCAGUGCGCCUUCAGACGCGAAGCGCAUCAAGAAGGAAAAGGGUGAUAAUAGCCGUGUACCCGGCGUUUUCGCUGUCUACUGCGGCCGUCCCGGUUCUGCCUUCACCGGUGAUAAAGCCUCCUUUCCAUCCUCCCAGCUGCUGGCACUUACUACCGAUCUCGAUCCCCACGGGCAGCUCUGUUCACGAGCUCGUGACCUCUUUGAAGCCAUGGUCAACCAGCUGACUGCUGCUCAGUCUUAA